ACUUCUCUUAGUCAAGUUAGUGUGUAUAUCUAUCUAUUCAGUGACAGCUGCUAGCGGCUGCUUGGUUUACGCCGCAGGCACAGUACAGGUAGAUCUACGUUUGAAGAAGUCUUCUCGACGUGUCGUCGGAGCGUAGGCCUGGACCGCAAUGGAGCAUGGCUGGCCAUUCGAAGAGGAGCUGAGCUCCUUUAAAUCUUCAGCGCGUGCAGCCUGGCUAAAUGCUACCAACUACUCUUCUCCAACAGGGGGCCGUAUUUUCCUUGACGGAGAUAACCUGACUAUUCGAGCUCAGACAAGUCAGUCUCUCUACCAAAGUGAAGAUGGCCUAAAGGUUACUAGCAAUGUCAUGUUUCGAACAAAGCUCCUUGGCCAGCAGGAAAUCACUGAGCCUGAAGUCUUCUUCGGUGGUUCAAACAGCUCUGCUUCAAGUCAAUGUGUCAUUGCCAGCUUCUCACCAGAUAAUCGAUACCAUGCCCAGAUCACUACUAGCAGUGAUAAGAAAUAUGAGAAAGCUGAUGACAAGUACCAUCUUGUGGUGACUGAAGUAGCUACUCAAAGGGCAACGUUCAUUGAUUUAUCUGCGCAGAAAGUUCAUGGACCAGUUUGUCCUGCAGGUCAGUUUGGUGCAUUGUCGUGGUCACCAGAUUGCAGGAGCCUGGUUUAUGUAGCAGAUUCCAAGACACCUGCUACCAAGUCCUACUUCCCCACCAGCCUAGAUGCAAAAGAUGAUGACAAAGACUGUGCUGAGGGUGAUGAAAACCUGUACCGAAGUAACUGGGGCGAGCAGCUGACAAAAUUCCAUCAUACUGUUUUGGUGGUUGUGAGGUGGAUGGAAGGAGAGCAAAGUGUGAAGGUCCUGGACAAUUUACCAGAUACUGCAUCUUCUGGACAGCCCGUCUGGAGGCCUAUCACUGACCCCACUGCUGGUGACAGCAUUGCCUUUGUAGCCUGGGAAGAAGAACAUCCCCGCCGUGGCCUAACUACAUGCUCUCAGCGCCCGAGUGAUGUGUACAUUCACCAUUUGAAUACCAACACCACCGUAUCAAUUGAGCGCGUGAAGAAGUCUGUUCGUUCACCGACUUUCAGUCCUUCUGGCAACGCCUUGGUGUUCUUGGAACAGGAUGCACGUGGUGCAACCCAUGCCUGCAGCAGAUUGAUGCUUUAUGAUUGGAGUAGCAAGACCACAUCAAUCUGUGUUGAUGUUGUUCAUAGCUCACCUGGAAAUGAGUUUGCAGGUAUAUUUGUAUGGUCCGCUCUCUCCUCUCGUUGCUGGUCGUCAUGUGGACAGUAUAUCUUCUUCGAUACGCAAUGGAAGGGCCAGCAAGCAAUUGUGUCCGUUAAUGUGGCAACAGGAGAAUUGGCACGCAUGUCUCCCGAGUCUGAAAUAGGCUGCUGGUCGGUGCUGGAUAUUGUCGACAACGUUGUGCUGGCAACUUACAGCAAUCCAUCGACCACUCCUGGUUUGAAAAUUCUAUGUGUAGAUUGCAGCUCAAUGGAGAAUGUUAAAAUGAGUCGGAAAUGGUUGGCAAUCACCACUCCAAGGCAACUCGCAGUUGACUUCAGGAUUGUUGAUCUUCUUCCUGAAGACUCGCACCAAGCAGAGAGUGAAGCAAGUCAAAUUCCAUUUCAGGCCAUCUUUAUCUGUCCACAACACACAGAUGAAGAGGCAAAGCGUAAAGCACAUCCUUUGGUCGUCUUUCCUCAUGGUGGGCCACACUCAGCAUUUGUAUGUGACUAUUCAGCUAUGCUUGCUGCCUGCGCAGCUCUUGGUUUCUACACUGUAGCCGUCAACUAUCGUGGAAGCACUGGGUUCGGUCAGGACAGCAUUAUGUCACUUCCUGGAAAGAUUGGUGCCAAUGAUGUGAAGGAUGUACAGGUGGCAGCACAGAGAGCUGUUGAUGAGUUGCCCAUUGAUAUGUCUAAGAUCUAUGUGCAUGGUGGAUCACACGGUGGAUUCCUGGCUGCACACGCUAUUGCUCAGUAUCCGUCUUUCUACCAGGCUGCUUGCAUACGCAACCCAGUCAUAGAUUUAACUAGUAUGCUUGGUAUCACGGAUAUUCCAGACUGGGUACUUGUUGAAGGUGGCUGGGCAGAUGAACCUGAGAUACCUGCUAACUCGCAGCUGAUGAAACAACUCGUGGACUGCUCACCUAUAACUCACAUUGACAAGGUAACAGCAGCAACAUUGAUGUUGAUUGGUGAGCAAGAUGCACGUGCUCCUCCAUGUCAAGGACAUCGUUAUGUAGCUCUUCUCAAGCAUCGCAAUGUCAAAUGCAGACUUCAAACGUAUCCCAGUGAUUGUCAUCCGCUGAGCAACGUCAAGACAGAAGCUGACAUCUUCAUGAAUAUGAUGGUCUGGUUCAAGCAGGCGAUGAUGUAUUAAGAUGAUGGCAUGAAGCAUCACAAGUGCAGCCGUGGCUCGGCCAAAGCAACCAAUACAGACCGUAGCUCCUUCUGCAUCGUUUGCAAUUGUGGUCGGCGUUUCAGUAGACCACAGGACCUAUCCCGCCAUCGCCCCUACUGUUCCGAACCUGCUCAACCCCCCAUGGGAUCCGCAUAGCCAGGAUAUGGCAGCGCGUCCAAGGUCAGAUGCAGCAUUCCGCUUUUAUUAUUUUUUUAAUGUGUGAAUUUGUUCGUUCACUAGCCAUUUUGGAGGUCACUUCAUGACAUGCUUGAAGUGGAUCUAUUUUGUUUUGCUCUAUAUUGUACGAUCUUCUACGAUGUUUUAUUGUUAGCACGUUGCUAUCAUUGCACCCUCACACUGUCUCACAGCUGGCACAAUGGUUCAUGACACCGGCUGACCUGCUGUGAAUUCUCCAGGCUGUAAUCUAUUCCCC